AGAGUGCAACAGGUGGGUGGGUGGGCCGGUGGGCGUUAGUUUAAAAGGCGGAGGCUGCUCCACGCAACUAUCAUGACAUCUUUGUUAGUUCCCCCCCACCAACCCCCGCCGACCCAUGUGGCUGAUCGGACCGCCUUCCCAGAGGAGGAAGAAGAUGAUGACCAUGAUGAUGAUGGACGAGCGACUGCAGCAGUCCCCCUCCGCUCGCGCCCUCGCCCAACACCAACAGCAGCAGCAGCAGCUACCGGGGAACCCGGCCAGGGUGCACAGCAUCGAGGCCAUCCUGGGCUUCAAGGAGGACCUCCUGUUCCACAGGUCGACCGCCUGCAGCCUGGCCGCCAAAGUCGGAGGCAAAGACGUGCAGGAGCAGCGGCGAGUUCGACAAAGUCACAAAAGUCACUUCGCAGAAAGUUUGGACGGCAUGUGCUGCCCGAGCGCCGUAGGCGUCGGCGACGCGCCUUGUCCGGACUCGCCGGAGCGGGAAGGCUGCAAGUUGUCGGACGACGAGAACCCGAAAAAGAAGCACCGCCGCAACCGGACCACCUUCACCACCUUCCAGCUGCACGAACUGGAGCGAGCCUUCGAGAAGUCCCACUACCCGGACGUGUACAGCCGAGAGGAGCUGGCCCUCAAAGUCAACCUGCCCGAGGUCCGAGUGCAGGUUUGGUUCCAGAACCGUCGGGCUAAGUGGCGUCGGCAGGAAAAGCUGGAAGUGAACUCCAUCAAGCUCCCGGAGACCACCGCCCCCGCCUCCUUACUUUCUUUUGGCUGCGGUCCCGCCACGGGUUCUUUGGAACCCUGGUUGGCCUCGCCGAUCGGGGCCUCGGCUACUCUGCAGUCACUCCCGGGCUUCAUAGGAGGCGGCGGCGCCUACACUGCCUCGCCUCCCCCCUCGGCGCCGCCCUCCUUCCUCAACGCACACACCCUGGGGUGCACCCCCCACCUGCCUCGGAUGGGCUCCAUGUGCCCGCCGCCACCGCUGUCGGCCUAUCCGUGCUCGCCAGACCCGAGGAAAUCCAGCAUUGCCUCAUUAAGGAUGAAGGCCAAAGAACACAUUCAAUCUAUUGGCAAGACGUGGUGAGGGGAAGCGGCAGCUGCGUCUUUGGGAAGACGGAUGGGAUUGGAAGGCCGACGUUAUGAGAGCAACAACUUGGCAGGCAAAAACUUUGCAAAACUUUCUACCGUGCUCACAUUUCGCUUCAUUCCGUUUCAUUCUUACCUAUUGCAACAAGCAUUGUCUAUUUAUUUUACACUUCUACAUGGAAAGAUUUUUUUUUUUUUUGGAGAAGGUACACAUCUAUAGCAUUAAGCAUAAUCUGUUGGAAUGAAGCCGGCCGACUUCGAGGCAAAGUUAUGUGGUUGUUUUAAAUACAAACGUGAUUCUCUUUUGUUUUAUGUUUAGUUUGACAGUAGUAAACUUCAGCUGGGAGUGGCGAUAACCAUCUUGAAGUCACUUGUGAAAAUUGUCUGCUCUCUGACGAAUUGCUGCUCGUUAUACACGAGUUGAGCCGACUCGCACCAAGCGGCGCUCGUUCCACAAAAUUUUGCUCGCAAGUCAAAGCAAAUAGGUCAUACGUCAGGUCAGUCAUAUCUCAAGGCUCCACUGUAACUGAUU